AUGAACUCGACACCUAUCUCAAUAUCUCAGCAGGGCGGGGAGAACCUCCCGCCGCCGCUCAGGCAGCUCGUGCAGCUGCGCAGACAGGCGGAUAGUCUCCUACACUCGUCUGCAUUGCGCGCCGAGCUCGCCCAGGGAUCAGCGGGGCCGAACGCGGAGCAGGUGCGGGUUGCUCUCCAGCAGGUCGUCGAGGCGGGUCAGGAGUGGAAGACGAGGCUGGCGGGUGGGAAAUGCACCGCAGAGGACGAGGCACGAGGCGAGUUCUGCCUGGCGUGGGCACUGGGUCGGAUAGGCGAGUUCGACGGGACAAAGCCGACUGCGUUGCCGGCGAAACUCGACGAGGCGCUCGUGCACUACCAACGAGCUGCCGAGUUGCUUGGAUGCAUCCCGCCUCCGCCUGUGCUCGAGUCGACGCCGAGCGUGACCCGCCCGCAAGACUCGAAACGACACGGCGGAGCGCUUGACCUCCCGAUGGUCCACCCUUGGGCAGCCGAGAUGCUCGCCGAAUGGGCCAAGACGCAGGCGACACUCGCAUUCGCAAGCUUAAUCGACGAGAAGGGUCAGACGGUCGUCAAGGAGGAGGCGCUUGCCGACCUUCUCGACCUCGCUUGCAAGCGCAACGUCCAGGCCCUCUUUACGCCCGUCAACCCCCUCUCGUCGCCGGAAGACAUGACACAUGCCGAAGCGAGCACCGUCAUGGGUACCGCUCGUCUCAUCCGCGACAUCGCCUCCCUCCUUCCCUACACGACCUCUCCGGCCGCAUGGGAGCGUCGACUGGCCUGGGCGACACACGUUGCCGACGUCCGCUUCGUCUCGGCGUCGAUGUCCGCGACUCGUCUCGUUGACGUGGCCAGUUCGUCCGCUCAGAAGCUGCAAGACCCGAAGAUCAGCAAUGCCGAGCGGAAGGAGGUCAAAAAAGUCGUCGAGCGGACGUUGAGGAAGAUCGCGCCGUUCGAGCGGACGCAGGGCAACGUCUUGCUCGGGUUGGCGCGGACGAUGAUUGAUGCGAUCGGUGCGCUGUAUCUCGGCCGGACAGCAGCAGGGUUCCAGGAGGAGCGACGGAAGCGGGAAGAAGGGCGAGAAGUGCCGGGCGCGGACGACGAGGAGAAUGGGGAUGCUGCCGAGGUGCCGGAGAACGACCUCGUGCGGGAAACGAGGCAGGUUCUCAUUCGAGCUGCCGCCCUCUUCGAGAACGCCUACGCUUCGAUUCUUCGUGCGCCGCAAUCCGCCCGACGGCGCAAGCUCGAGCUUCGCUUGCUCCGACGGCUGGAAGCGACCUACUGCGACCUGGAACUCCUCGACAACGACACGCCCGAAGUGGUCGAGCUACGAUCACAGCGCAUCGAGCGCGCAGUCUUCAUCAACGACCGUCUCGUCGCUUUGGGAGAUGGGGAGGACGACAUGGUCGAGAGCGAUCACGAGCAUGCGGCGGAGGAUGAGGAGGACGAGGAGGGUAGCGAUGAGGAGGAGGAGCGGCUUGCCCGACGGUUUGGCGGGCAAAGGCUAGGGUGA